AUGUCCAACCCCUCUGGGCCUUCCCAGGACUUGCUCGUUCGCAGGCUCCUAGCUGCGUUUGACAAACCAAUACAAAACGCUAAGACGCACCCGGACCGCGACAAAAUACACAAGCAUCUCAAGAGCCUGUGUCCUGAUCCAAGCGUACCACUUGAUAAAAAAAGCGACCAAGACAACUUGAAUAAGGUACAGAUUCUGAAGGCCUGGGAAAAAGAUGAUCCCAAAGCGUUUAAUAGUGCCAUAGACAGACUUCUGGCCACCUAUCCAUUUCCGAAAGAUGGCGACGCCGAGAAGCUAGACGACUUGGCACGGAAACUCUACGCAUUCCAGGGAGAUUACGAACCUCUCAAUUGUUCUGAUACAAUAGCAGCGGCCAUCAACGAAAUAGCAGCGAAGCACCCCGAACCAAUAGGAUAUCCAGACGAAUGGGCAGAGGAUAAUUACGCCGGCGCUAUCGCUGCUCUUAAGAGGUUCGCUGCAGAGUAUAAGGGCAAGGAAACUGCUCCUCCCGGUGGUGAUCCUCCCGGUGGUGAUCCUCCCGGCGGUGAUCCUCCCGGUGGCCCCAGUGACGACGCACCCGAAAAGCUAUGGCCAAAAUUCACGGCACUAGUCGACAAUGGAACUAUUAAAAAGGACAGCCCUCGGUGGAACAUGACUAGAACGACUUGUGAUCUCUAUGGCUGCGACUGGGCCGAUUUGAAGUUUAAGUUGGAAUUUGAGCUAAGGCAGGGAACUAGCGCUGGAACUGACACGGACAUGCACAACGCAGCCUCAAAGUUCCUGAGAGCAUCUCCGGAGAUUUUGAAGUUCAUGGAGGAAGAUUUCUGGGGCGACAAGGAUAUGUAUACAAUAUACCAAGCCUAUCGGGAUCGAUACCCUCGAAUAGUGAAGUCGAGGGAUUCCCGCAUCAUGGGGGCGUGCCAAAGCAGGACCCCCGCUAGAGACCAGGACACCAUACCAUCCAGGCCUAAAAAGGUCAACGUGAAAGACGGCUUCGACAAGAUAUAUGUCAACGACCCAGACCAAGGCGGCAAGCGUGUGCUGGGGACAAUAGUGUAUGCCUGGACGGGUUGGCUCGACGUCAAAAUGCCGAAAAUCGAGGAUAAGGACUCGGGCGAGAAGUUCUCUGCUGAGAGAGACGGCGCACCAGCAAAAUGGCUGCAAAAGUCCGAAAAGGAGAGCCUUGAGGGCCUUGAGUUGAAGGAUGUCACCAUAAACCACUUCACCUACGCAAAGGCGCCAAAGCAAGACGAGAACAAGCGGAAUCGGAACUGGCCGAGAGUGUUUGUUGUUGGAUACAUGAAUAACAAGCCCAAGGACGAGCGUUUUAUGACCGUUUGGGUCCGAAGCACUUUUAAUGGCGGCUUUCGAUCGGACAACAUUGACGCAAUCAUGAUUGAACAGAGAAAGCAGGAUGGCUUGCCUCACCCAGGGUUACCACGUAUAACCGACAUUGAACCCGAGCCCGUCUCUGAGGCUGAGUCCGAUAACUCGUUGCCAUUUUAA